ACCUCAGGGGUUUUAUAUCCUAAAUCUAAUUGACACACAUCGUUGGUUAUGACAAUUUCAUGCUCUGAAAAUUAGGAAAUGUAUUAUUGUUACACAUGGGUCCCCAUGUAAAUUAAGUGUGGGACAAUCGAUGCAGGAAUUUAUUCAGUUCCAAUAUAAUUGAUGGAAAUGCUUUUUAUCAGUUUGGUAUUAUAUAUACGUGUUGCCACAUGAAGACGAUAAGAAAUUGUCAGUUUCGAUAGUCUGACAAAAUGGUUUGAACUACAAAGAUGUUACUUCCACUGGUGGUAUUAAUAGGGAUCUUCUUACAACAAUCAUAUGCCCAAGUUCCGGCAGUCUCCCUUACACAGACAUCAUACUCUGUAAAUGCUGGAGGACAAGUAACAUUGGCUUGUUCAGUAACGUCAUCCUCUGCAGUUAACCAAGUAUUUUGGCAGCGAAAUGUCAAUGGAUUUGUUUCCACCAUUACUUCCAAUACAAAUACAAACAAGUACAGUGGUUCUUCUGCAUCUGUACCAGGACUGACCAUAUUGAAUGCAGACGGUACUGACCAGGGCAUUUACCAAUGUUUCGCAAGUAAUGCCUUUGGAACUGGACAAAGUUCUACUAUUGCAGCCUUGACUGUAAGCAGUUCUUGCCAAGACAUAUACAUGGCCGACAACCGGAACUCAAAUGGAAACUACGUCAUUCAUCACAAUGGGAGCGCAAUCAAUGUGUAUUGUUCAUUCGAAAGUAACUAUGGUUACACGUACAUCUCUAAACAGUCAUAUAAUACAGAACUUAACAUAAGUUUAUUGUAUACCACUUUAGAUUUUGCCAAGAUUCGCCAUAGAAAAAGCAAUGGUAUUCAAAAAGAAGUUAUCGUAGAAAACUUGUCUUCGUUCCAAAGUCGGUCUACUUUAUAUUUUGGUUACAACGCCAAUACUUCGUAUGAAGGACCAGAUAGGAAUAACACAGGUUUAAAACCGUACUUAUUUCUCGGCUUUUUACCAGAGAGUUUUCUAAGAAACUAUGAAACACAAGGGUACCGCACAGCUGGAAAAGACUUCACUUUCAAAAAUUGUGAUAAAAAUCCGAACAGUUAUAUCACAUUUUACUAUAAUCCCAACAAUACAACACCUGGUAGGCUGGGUAAUACCAAUCACUUCAUGAUGGGGUGGAUGGAUGAAUCUGAACUAUUGCCAAUGAACAACUAUAUGGAUACUGAUUUUUACUUUGACUGGGAAAUGCACAUGGGCGGAUGUGGUGGUUUCAUGACGUCACACUGUCUGUCAAACAACAGAGCGGCACUUGGAUUACCAUUUAGCAUCAAACCAUGUGACGGUCUUAAUUGUCAAAAUGGCGGAAGUUGUGAUUCAUCCGUGUCACCAGCCUGUUGUAUAUGUGUCGGGAAUUACUUCGGUGACAGAUGUGAAAAUAUUAAUGGUGGAUGGACAGAAUGGUCAGUCUGGAGCGAUUGUCCGGAUACUUGUGGUGAUGAGGACCUUACUAGGACUAGAUCCUGCACAAAUCCUGCUCCAGAAAACAACGGAACAGUUUGUCAAGGGCACACCUCGGAAACAAUUUCAUGUACUACAGCAAAAUGUCCAGUUAAUGGGGGAUGGACAGAAUGGUCAGUCUGGAGUGAUUGUCCAGAAACUUGCGGUGAUGAAUACCUGACAAGGACUAGAUCCUGCACAAAUCCUUCUCCCGAAAAUAACGGGACAGAUUGUCAAGGAAGCAACACGGAAACACUUUUAUGUUCUACAGCACAAUGUCCAGAAAUUUGCGGUGGAAAGGUAUUUAUACCUGAUUUGGGCACUACAGUAGAAUUUCUACCAGUUAAGUUUGGAUUAAUAGCUAUAUCUUCAGAAAUUUGCAUAACAGAUAAGCAACCCCUUGCUACAUUCAAAUGUGUUGGUGGUAUUGGAAUUACUACAAAAUUUGUUGAUAUACAAGUCAACCAAAAAUGUUUAUUUGGAGAUCUUUCCACGUCUGCAGUUACAGAUACUCUCAGGAAUUUGACUGAGGUUAAUAUUGAUGAAAACACGGUAAACAAAGUUCUAGAAACUUUAAGGAAUUUGACAUCUGACCCAACUCCACUUACAAGUAUUGAUAUCAUAGACACUGCUGAGAUAUUAGUGAAGGCAUCUAAUGUUUCAAAUUUGAAUGAAAAGGCUUUGACAGAUAUCAUUGAUACAAUCAAUAGUUUUUUAAGUGUCGAACCAGAAACAAUUAAACUUGCCCAGGAAGAUGGCAGUGCAUCAAACAGAAUAUUAGAAGUUAUCGACACCAUUCCCCGUUUUCUUGAUUUACAAGGACAACCUGGAAUUAGAUGGGUGAGGGACAAUAUUCUGAUGGAGGUGUACGAUAUAUCUGCACUAUCUUCUACAGUCUUUGGUAUACAAAUCGAGGGAGGAGGUUCGAAAGUACCAUUGACCAACAGUACCAUACAGAACUUGAUAAACGGAUCAAAUAUCAACUUAGAAACAGUUGACGCUGCUAUUAUUCUCCCAGUUGAAUUAAUCAAUAAAUUUCCAAAUGCCACAAGAAUAUCUUUCAAUGUAUACAGAAAUUGGAAUUUGUUUUCUGUACGAUCAGAUGUCCGACAGUACCUACCAAACAGCAGAGUUAUUGCAUCAAGUAUUUUUAUAGAUGGACUUCCUGUUCGUUCUCUCGGUGAAUACGAAGUUCAGACUCUGUUUUAUCCGACUGCGGACGUCGAAUCUUCCAUAUGUGGAUAUUGGAACUACGACCUCUAUGAUACAUCUGGUGGAUGGGCCACCGACGGUUGUCAGUUGAAUAAAACAGAAUAUGGACGAUAUGUUUGUGUUUGUGAUCAUUUGACAAAUUUUGCAGUGAUUGUGAAUAUUGGUGGCCAAGAUAAUUUAGUGGAAUCUCUAGCCAUGGACAUUAUAUCUUGGAUUGGCCUGAUACUUUCCAUAAUUGGAUUAUCGCUUACUAUAGUUUUAUUCAUUGUUUUUAAACACCUUCGUAAAGGCAGAGUUCAACAAACUCUUUUCAACCUUGCUUUAUCAUUGCUCAGUUUUUUGAUAAUAUUUAUAGUUGGAAUUGGACAAACGCAAGACUUAAAAGGGUGUAUAGCAGUUGCUGUGUUGCUUCAUUAUUUCAUUCUUGUUGCAUUUAUGUGGAUGUUGAUGGAAGGGAUCCUCCAAUAUUUGAGAUUUGUUAAGGUUCUUGGAACCUAUAUUCCAAACUUUAUUCUUAAAACAGCUGUUCCUGCAUGGGGGAUUCCUUUGAUACCUGUGAUUAUAGUAUUAGCUUAUGAUCAUGAAUUAUAUAUUGGUGGAAACAAGGCGUGUUGGAUGUCACUUUCUGCAUUCUAUUAUGCAUUUGUAAUACCAGUUGGAAUUAUAAUUUUGGCCAAUAUUAUUAUCUUCAUUAUGAUUCUGAAAAACCUAUGGGGUCGACCAAAAGGACUUCAGUCAAACCAGUCAGAGAAAAAGAGAGCAAUGAUGAAUCUUCGUGCCUCAUUGACAGUACUAGUUCUUAUAGGAUUAACAUGGAUUUUUGGAUUUUUUACAAUAGAGAAAGCAAGCAUAGUUUUCCAGUACAUUUUUACUAUUUUGAAUGUCUUUCAAGGAUUUAUUAUUUUCAUUCUUUUCACUGCAAGAGAAAAGAGAGUUCGUCAAAAUUGGCAAAAACUUUGUUGUAAACGAACAACAAAAGAAAAAUAUUUGCAGAGCGACACUAAUACUGACCGCAAUAGAAGCAAAGAUCGACUCUUAACAAGCAGUACAAAUGACGAUACAAAGUAUAGUGGGGAAGAUCAAAAUACUAGUAGUUGUAUUUAGUAGUAUAAACGAACUGGCAUUUGCAAAAGAAGAUAAUUUAAUCUGAGACACAGCAGAGUGUCAUGAUUUUAUUUUCGUUGAGAAAAAACUACCACAUAAUCCAAAGACAAUUAAUUUUUUGGUCGAUAGUUUGAAUGAUCUAUAAAACAUAAUGUACUAUAUAAUUACAUAAUUUGUAUAUUUUUUUUAUAUUUUAUUAUACUGAACGUUAAGAAGUUUUUUGUUUCGAUAUUGGAUAUAUGUAUGCUUGUUCUGUGCAUACAAAUGUAUAUAUUUUUAAACACAUUCCUUUUCUAUAUUGUUGUCUUUCAAUUGGCCAAAUAGUAUAAUAUCUUAUUUUACAAAAAAAUUUAAUGAACCAAACAUGCUUUUUGUUUUUUAGUUAGAUUUGUAAAUAAACUUUGAUUAUUACGUCGAUUUUUUAAAAAUAUAUAGCUUAGCGGUAUGGUUUGAUAAUGAUUGGAAGGUGUACAUAUCUGUCUGGCCGGUUUCAUUAAAAAAAUGACCUCAUAAGUUUUAUUGUUUUAGUUUUGUCCGUUUAUCAAUAACGGUACAAAAUUGCGUUGUCAGUUUAUUUUCGACUUGUGAGGUAGAGUUUCCCUCUUGUCGAACAUGUACGAUUAUAUAAUUCAUUUAUGUUUUCUUGCAUUUAUUUUUACUGUAUUCCUGUCAUGUAACGUUGUCAUUUUAGCGGUAUAUUUAAAAUUACCAUAAAGUGUGAGGUUAAGCUAGCCACAAAACUAGGUUCAACCCAUCAUUUUUUCGUAAAUUGUCCUGUACCAUGUCGGAAAUAUGUUCACAUUAUUAUACAUUAUACCCAACAAUUUUGAUGACGAAUUCCUUCCUUUGUUCGGGAACAAUAGUAUUGAAAUAGAAAUCUGUGAUUUUACUAUGUCUAUAACUUCGAUGAACCAAAGCAAGUUAAAUAUCUACCUGUAUUUAAUUCAAAUUGGCUUCUUCUUCUUCGUCCAUCGACAUCCCAUGAUAACAUACUGUUGUCAUACGAGGACUAGUCUAUUUACAAAAAUUAAACCCAAAAUAAACAAGA